UUAGCAAUGGCGAUUAGUUGAAAAUUGUCGUCGAGAUGAAUCUGUGUGCGAGUCCCAGAAAAAACUCGUUGAUGGACCAAAAUGCAGUGCCAUCUUUCAAUAAAGGGCGUCGAGAUGAUUGGAAGCAUGAAGUGAACAAAAGUCAGUGUAAUGUGAAUCUAAAGUUUACCUAUGGAGAUCGCUUUAUACCCAAGCGUUUCAAUGCGGAGAAUAUCAACUAUACGCUCAAGUAUCUGGAAACAAAUAAGGAGAAGGAUAUACUGAUGGCAGAUGAGAUGCUCGUCUGCAGCUAUUGGCGCCAAAACAGCUUUGUGCGGGCCAUAAAUGAAACGUUUGGCGUGCGCAAUUCUCGUCUGCUGCAGUUCAGCAACCUGCAGAGCCACCUGUCGAAUAUUUCACGAAGAACAAACCAAGAUUGCGACUGGCCCUGCACACCACGUCCCCGUCCCAUGGCCUAUCCCAAUACCACACACGAGAUGCCGAGAUGCUCCUUGAUUGAUCAUAAUUUAAUGGACUGGUCUAUCAAUGGUCAUAUGGCCGUCUCCCUUGGCCAGGAUGUCAUCAUUUGGCAUAAUCAGGGCGAGACCACAAUGGUGUUUAGCGUGAAGCGACCACGUUCUCUCAAGUAUUCACCCAAUGGCCGCUACCUUGCUAUGGGCUGCACGGAUUCCCAGCAUCCAGUCCUUGAGCUGUGGAAACUGAAAACAGCGAAGGAAUUUCUGGUUGCCGAUGGCAAAUACUUUCAGAAAUCGGACGGUUCCAUUUGUGCCAUUGAGUGGACUCAGGACAGUCAGAAGAUUGUCUGCGGCACCGGUUCCGGUCUCCUGGUUGUCCUGCAGAUGCCCACGUUGCGCACGUUGUACAAACUGCGCAAACACACUGAUAAAAUCAGCAGCAUUCGAUACUCUCCGAAUGGACAAUAUUUGGCCACAGCUGAUGUUCAGGGACUUAUUUAUAUAUUCCAUAGCAGACAAUACAAAGUGCUGAUACGCUUGCGUUCCAAGUCGUCUUCGAUCAUCUUUGACUGGCAUCCCUGGUCGGGUGUAGAGCUGGCUAUUUCUGAGAAAUCACCUCCAUCCAUUUACAUUUUCAAUGUGCCGCGUCGCGAGAUAGUCGCCUUCUAUCAGCGUGCGGAUAAAAAGAUCAUGAUCAACUCCAUCAACUUUAGCAAAAUUACAGGCGAGUUGCUGGUUAACGUCUAUCGCUAUGAUGAUCAAGGCUGUCUCAGCUGCGAGAUAUUGGUGCUCUCCUCGUUUAAUCGUGUGGUGGACAUCAUGGGCUACAAGGAGGGCGGAAUGGUCUUUAUGAUGUGGAGUCCAGAUGGCACCAAAAUUGCUACGGCUGGCCUCGAUGAAUCUCUUUCCAUUUGGAACUUUCUGCACAGCAAUAAAGUCCACGACACCAAGGCCAAGAAUCGUGUGCAUGCAACGGAACGACGCAAUUCUCUGGAGCUUUAUAGAUUAUUUAAGUGAUUCCAUGUAUUGAUUUCCAAAUUUUUUCAUUAUUUAUUAUGCAAUCAGUAUAUUAUUUUAUGUAUGUUUAUGUAAAUGUUGUGAUUAAUUAUAUAUUUAUUGUGUUUUUUUCAAAAUGUAAACAUUAUGCGUUAUUUAUUAGCUAAUCUUUCAUUUUUCCAAAUUCAUUUUAUAAAUCUUCAAUUAAAAUUCCAUAUCAUUGAUUAAAGCUUAUUUAUACUCUACUCUUUUACAUCAUCAUAUCAUAUUUAAUCAUCUCUUCCCAAAAACAUAUAAAAAAAAAAGUAAACAUGAUCUUGCUGGUAAAAGAAUUACAUUUGAUUGAACAAUUUGCAAAUGAAUUAAUUAUGAAAAGGCCCAAAUACACUUUUACUGGCUUUCGGGGAUUGAAAUCAAUUUGCUACGCUAAAUAUUUGUAUAUGUUGUGUGUGUGUUGUACGUACUCUAUAAUAAUAUUGUUAUAUUGAUCUUAUAAAAUUGGCAGUACCCCCGAUGUUUUAACCCCGUCUCUGUGACUCCUGUUGAAAUAUAUAUUCCGCACAGGCUUCGGCAUCAAGGCGACGAUUUUUAUCCUGAUAG